AUGUCUCAGUUCCCCCUCAGUUCGGACUUCAAGAACGCUCUGGACAGCAGUCCCGAGGCCAAAACCGAGAAUGAAAAGACCGAAGAGGACCUGCCCAGGCACGAGAACUACCUGUGGCUCACCAUCUUCUCGUGUUUUUGCCCUGCGUACCCCAUCAACAUCGUGGCUUUAGUCUUCUCCGUCAUGUCUCUACACAGCUACAAUGAAGGAGAUGUCGAAGGAGCCAGGCGGCUCGGGCAGAAUGCCAAGUGGGUGGCCAUCGCAUCCAUAAUCAUUGGCCUUCUCAUCAUCAGCAUCACUUGUGCAGUUCACUUCACAAAGCAGAUGUGAGGAGCCAGCCAUCGGCCGGGAGCGUGGAGGAUGUACCUCACCCGCACACACCCCAAGAGUUUGAGGAACGGACCCUCGACUUCAGACUGGGAAGUCUUUUCCUCCAGGACUCUCCAAAGGCAGGUCCCUGGCAACUGAACUGAAAGUCCAAAAUUUAGUAAAACCAAGCAGCACAGCCACAUCAGCCAAAGUCAUUGAUUUGUAAACAAGAAAGUAUCUCGUCUCAGUGUCUCAGUUUCUCGAAGGCCACGGCGUCCACGCCUCUUCUCCAGGGCGGCGCCUCAGGGAGUCGGCGCUUUUAGAUGAGGGGCAGACUUCCGGCUCGGGGGGGAAGGAGGUUCCUGGGACAAGCUGUGGGCUCAGGUGUUGACGAUGUUGAGCACAAGCAAUUGUUGCAUGUUUACAGUUGUCUAAAAUAGUUGGGUUCGUGGAUUUUUUUUUUUAUUUUCAUAUGCUGUAGCUUCACUCC